AUGUACGCCUCCUCCGCUGCCCGGGCCCGUAUGGCCACCGUCGCCCGCCGUGGCUUCUCUACCACCCGUACCCAGUUCGGCAGCCCCUACCACUACGCUGAGGGUCCUCGCACCAACAUCCCCUUCAACCCUCUCACCAAGUCCUUCUUCUACAAGUACUGGGCUUUCAUGAUCGCUGGAUUCGGUUCUCCCUUCGCCAUUGCCGUCUGGCAAACAUACAAGACCCGCUAA